CGAAGGCAGAGCCCCAGCUUCACUCCCUGAGGUCUGUCCUGGGGAGACACUGCUGCUCCGGGGGGCUGACCUGGCGGGGAGUGGCCGCGCAGUCUGCUCCGGCGCCGCUUUGUGCGCGCAGCCGCUGGCCCCUCUACUCCCGGGUCUGCCCCCCGGGACACCCCUCUGCCUCGCCCAAGUCAUGCAGCCCUACCUGCCUCUCCACUGUGGACCUUUGGGAACCGACUCCUCACCUCGGGGGCUCGGGCCUUGACUGUGCUGGGAGCCGGUAGGCGUCCUCCGCGACCCGCCCGCGCCCCUCGCGCCCGCCGGGGCCCCGGGCUCCAAAGUUGUGGGGACCGGCGCGAGUUGGAAAGUUUGCCCGAGGGCUGGUGCAGGCUUGGAGCUGGGGGCCGUGCGCUGCCCUGGGAGUGUGACCCGGCCAGCGACCAAAACCUUGUGUGACUGAGCUGAAGAGCAGUGCAUCCAGAUUCUCCUCAGAAGUGAGACUUUCCAAAGGACCAAUGACUCUGUUUCCUGUGCCCUUUCAUUUUUUCCUACUCUGUAGCUAUGUCUCGAUCCCGCCAUGCAAGGCCUUCCAGAUUAGUCAGGAAGGAAGAUGUAAACAAAAAAAAGAAAAACAGCCAACUACGAAACACAACCAAGGGAGCCAACAAAAAUGUGGCAUCAGUCAAGACUUUAAGCCCUGGAAAAUUAAAGCAAUUAAUUCAAGAAAGAGAUGUUAAGAAAAAAACAGAACCUAAACCACCCAUGCCAGUCAGAAGCCUUCUGACAAGAGCUGGAGCAGCACGCAUGAAUUUGGAUAGGACUGAGGUUCUUUUUCAGAACCCAGAGUCCUUAACCUGCAAUGGGUUUACAAUGGCGCUACGAAGCACCUCUCUUAGCAGGCGACUCUCCCAACCCCCACUGGUCGUAGCCAAAUCCAAAAAGGUUCCACUUUCUAAGGGUUUAGAAAAGCAACAUGAUUGUGAUUAUAAGAUACUCCCUGAUUUGGGAGUAAAGCACUCAGAAAAUGAUUCGGUUCCAAUGCAAGACACCCAAGUCCUUCCUGAUAUAGAGACUCUAAUUGGUGUACAAAAUCCCUCUUUACUUAAAGGUAAGAGCCAAGAGACAACUCAGUUUUGGUCCCAAAGAGUUGAGGAUUCCAAGAUCAAUAUCCCUACCCACAGUGGCCCUGCAGCUGAGAUCCUUCCUGGGCCACUGGAAGGGACACGCUGUGGUGAAGGACUAUUCUCUGAAGAGACAUUGAAUGAUACCAGUGGUUCCCCAAAAAUGUUUGCUCAGGACACAGUGUGUGCUCCUUUUCCCCAAAGAGCAACCCCCAAAGUUACCUCUCAAGGAAACCCCAGCAAUCAGUUAGAAGAGUUGGGUUCACGAGUAGAAUCUCUUAAGUUAUCUGAUUCUUACCUGGAUCCCAUUAAAAGUGAACAUGAUUGCUACCCCACCUCCAGUCUUAAUAAGGUUAUACCUGACUUGAACCUUAGAAACUGCUUGGCUCUUGGUGGGUCUACGUCUCCUACCUCUGUAAUAAAAUUCCUCUUGGCAGGCUCAAAACAAGCGACCCUUGGUGCUAAACCAGAUCAUCAAGAGGCCUUCGAAGCUACUGCAAAUCAACAGGAAGUUUCUGAUACCACCUCUUUCCUAGGACAGGCCUUUGGUGCUAUCCCACAUCAAUGGGAACUUCCUGGUGCUGACCCAGUUCAUGGUGAGGCCCUGGGUGAGACCCCAGAUCUACCAGAGAUUCCUGGUGCUAUUCCAGUCCAAGGAGAGGUCUUUGGUACUAUUUUAGACCAACAAGAAACUCUUGGUAUGAGUGGGAGUGUUGUCCCAGACUUGCCUGUCUUCCUUCCUGUUCCUCCAAAUCCAAUUGCUACCUUUAAUGCUCCUUCCAAAUGGCCUGAGCCCCAAAGCACUGUCUCAUAUGGACUUGCAGUCCAGGGUGCUAUACAGAUUUUGCCUUUGGGCUCAGGACACACUCCUCAAUCAUCAUCAAACUCAGAGAAAAAUUCAUUACCUCCAGUAAUGGCUAUAAGCAAUGUAGAAAAUGAGAAGCAGGUUCAUAUAAGCUUCCUGCCAGCUAACACUCAGGGGUUCCCAUUAGCCUCUGAGAGAGGACUCUUCCAUGCUUCACUGGGUGUAGCCCAACUCUCUCAGGCUGGUCCUAGCAAAUCAGACAGAGGGAGCUCCCAGGUCAGUGUAACCAGCACAGUUCAUGUUGUCAACACCACAGUGGUGACUAUGCCAGUGCCAAUGGUCAGUACCUCCUCUUCUUCCUAUACCACUUUGCUACCCACUUUGGAAAAGAAGAAAAGAAAGCGAUGUGGGGUCUGUGAACCCUGCCAGCAGAAGACCAACUGUGGUGAAUGUACUUACUGCAAGAACAGAAAGAACAGCCAUCAGAUCUGUAAGAAAAGAAAAUGUGAGGAGUUGAAAAAGAAACCAUCUGUUGCUGUGCCUCUGGAGGUUAUAAAGGAAAACAAGAGGCCCCAGAGGGAAAAGAAGCCCAAAGUUUUAAAGGCAGAUUUUGACAACAAACCAGUAAAUGGCCCCAAGUCAGAAUCCAUGGACUACAGUAGAUGUGGUCAUGGGGAAGAACAAAAAUUGGAAUUGAACCCACAUACUGUUGAAAAUGUAACUAAAAAUGAAGACAGCAUGACAGGCAUCGAGGUGGAGAAGUGGACACAAAACAAGAAAUCACAGUUAACUGAUCAUGUGAAAGGAGAUUUUAGUGCUAAUGUCCCAGAAGCUGAAAAAUCGAAAAACUCUGAAGUUGACAAGAAACGAACCAAAUCUCCAAAAUUGUUUGUACAAACCAUAAGAAAUGGCAUUAAACAUGUACACUGUUUACCAGCUGAAACAAAUGUUUCAUUUAAAAAAUUCAAUAUUGAAGAAUUCGGCAAGACAUUGGAAAACAAUUCUUAUAAAUUCCUAAAAGACACUGCAAACCAUAAUAACGCUAUGAGCUCUGUUGCUACUGAUAUGAGUUGUGAUCAUCUCAAGGGGAGAAGUAACGUUUUAGUAUUCCAGCAGCCUGGCUUUAACUGCAGUUCCAUUCCACAUUCUUCACACUCCAUCAUAAAUCAUCAUGCUAGUAUACACAAUGAAGGUGAUCAACCAAAAACUCCUGAGAAUAUACCAAGUAAAGAACCAAAAGAUGGAUCUCCCGUUCAACCAAGUCUCUUAUCGUUAAUGAAAGAUAGGAGAUUAACAUUGGAGCAAGUGGUAGCCAUAGAGGCCCUGACUCAACUCUCAGAAGCCCCAUCAGAGAAUUCCUCCCCAUCAAAGUCAGAGAAGGAUGAAGAAUCAGAGCAGAGAACAGCCAGUUUGCUUAAUAGCUGCAAAGCUAUCCUCUACACUGUAAGAAAAGACCUCCAAGACCCAAACUUACAGGGAGAGCCACCAAAACUUAAUCACUGUCCAUCUUUGGAAAAACAAAGUUCAUGCAACACGGUGGUUUUCAAUGGGCAAACUACUACCCUUUCCAACUCACAUAUCAACUCAGCUACUAACCAAGCAUCCACAAAGUCACAUGAAUAUUCAAAAGUCACAAAUUCAUUAUCUCUUUUUAUACCAAAAUCAAAUUCAUCCAAGAUUGACACCAAUAAAAGUAUUGCUCAAGGGAUAAUUACUCUUGACAAUUGUUCCAAUGAUUUGCAUCAGUUGCCACCAAGAAAUAAUGAAGUGGAGUAUUGCAACCAGUUACUGGACAGCAGCAAAAAAUUGGACUCAGAUGAUCUAUCAUGUCAGGAUGCAACCCAUACCCAAAUUGAGGAAGAUGUUGCAACACAGUUGACACAACUUGCUUCAAUAAUUAAGAUCAAUUAUAUAAAACCAGAGGACAAAAAAGUUGAAAAUACACCAACAAGCCUUGUCACAUGUAAUGUACAGCAAAAAUACAAUCAGGAGAAGGGCACAAUACAACAGAAACCACCUUCAAGUGUACACAAUAAUCAUGGUUCAUCAUUAACAAAACAAAAGAACCCAACCCAGAAAAAGACAAAAUCCACCCCAUCAAGAGAUCGGCGGAAAAAGAAGCCCACAGUAGUAAGUUAUCAAGAAAAUGAUCGGCAGAAGUGGGAAAAGUUGUCCUAUAUGUAUGGCACAAUAUGCGACAUUUGGAUAGCAUCGAAAUUUCAAAAUUUUGGCCAAUUUUGUCCACAUGAUUUUCCUACUGUAUUUGGGAAAAUUUCUUCCUCGACCAAAAUAUGGAAACCACUGGCUCAAACGAGGUCCAUUAUGCAACCCAAAACAGUAUUUCCACCACUCACUCAGAUAAAAUUACAGAGAUAUCCUGAAUCAGCAGAGGAAAAGGUGAAGGUUGAACCAUUGGAUUCACUCAGCUUAUUUCAUCUUAAAACGGAAUCCAACGGGAAGGCAUUCACUGAUAAAGCUUAUAAUUCUCAGGUACAGUUAACAGUGAAUGCCAAUCAGAAAGCCCAUCCUUUGACCCAGCCCUCCUCUCCACCUAACCAGUGUGCUAACGUGAUGGCAGGCGAUGACCAAAUACGGUUUCAGCAGGUUGUUAAGGAGCAACUCAUGCAUCAGAGACUGCCAACAUUGCCUGGUAUCUCUCAUGAAACACCCUUACCGGAGUCAGCACUAACUCUCAGGAAUGUGAAUGUAGUGUGUUCAGGUGGAAUUACAGUGGUUUCAACCAAAAGUGAAGAGGAAGUCUGUUCAUCCAGUUUUGGAACAUCAGAGUUUUCCACAGUGGACAGUGCACAGAAAAAUUUUAAUGAUUAUGCCAUGAACUUCUUUACUAACCCUACAAAAAACCUAGUGUCUAUAACUAAAGAUUCUGAACUGCCCACCUGCAGCUGUCUUGAUCGAGUUAUACAAAAAGACAAAGGCCCAUAUUAUACACACCUUGGGGCAGGACCAAGUGUUGCUGCUGUCAGGGAAAUCAUGGAGAAUAGGUAUGGUCAAAAAGGAAACGCAAUAAGGAUAGAAAUAGUAGUGUACACCGGUAAAGAAGGGAAAAGCUCUCAUGGGUGUCCAAUUGCUAAGUGGGUUUUAAGAAGAAGCAGUGAUGAAGAAAAAGUUCUUUGUUUGGUCCGGCAGCGUACAGGCCACCACUGUCCAACUGCUGUGAUGGUGGUGCUCAUCAUGGUGUGGGAUGGCAUCCCUCUUCCAAUGGCCGACCGGCUAUACACAGAGCUCACAGAGAAUCUAAAGUCGUACAAUGGGCACCCUACCGACAGAAGAUGCACCCUCAAUGAAAAUCGUACCUGUACAUGUCAAGGAAUUGAUCCAGAGACUUGUGGAGCUUCAUUCUCUUUUGGCUGUUCAUGGAGUAUGUACUUUAAUGGCUGUAAGUUUGGUAGAAGCCCAAGCCCCAGAAGAUUUAGAAUUGAUCCAAGCUCUCCCUUACAUACCUACUAUGAAAGAAUUACUAAAGGACGUAAUCCAGAAAGAAGAUAUAUGAAACCGGAACGAAUCAGUCCGGGACACGAGGCCAUGGAAAAAAACCUUGAAGAUAACUUACAGAGUUUGGCUACACGAUUAGCUCCAAUUUAUAAGCAGUAUGCUCCAGUAGCUUACCAAAAUCAGGUGGAAUAUGAAAAUGUUGCCCGAGAAUGUCGGCUUGGCAGCAAGGAAGGUCGUCCCUUCUCUGGGGUCACUGCUUGCCUGGACUUCUGUGCUCAUCCCCACAGGGACAUUCACAACAUGAAUAAUGGAAGCACUGUGGUUUGUACUUUAACUCGAGAAGAUAACCGCUCUUUGGGUGUUAUUCCUCAAGAUGAGCAGCUCCAUGUGCUACCUCUUUAUAAGCUUUCAGACACAGAUGAGUUUGGCUCCAGGGAAGGAAUGGAAGCCAAGAUCAAAUCUGGGGCCAUCGAGGUCCUGGCACCCUGCCGCAAAAAAAGAACGUGUUUCACUCAGCCUGUUCCCCGUUCUGGAAAGAAGAGGGCUGCGAUGAUGACAGAGGUUCUUGCACAUAAGAUAAGGGCAGUGGAAAAGAAACCUAUUCCCCGAAUCAAGCGGAAGAAUAACUCAACAACAACAAACAACAGUAAGGCUUCGUCACUGCCAACCUUAGGGAGUAAAACUGAGACCGUGCAACCUGAAGUAAAAAGUGAAACCGAACCCCAUUUUAUCUUAAAAAGUUCAGACAACACUAAAACUUAUUCGCUGAUGCCAUCCGCUCCUCACCCAGUGAAAGAGGCAUCUCCAGGCUUCUCCUGGUCCCCGAAGACUGCUUCAGCCACACCAGCUCCACUGAAGAAUGACGCAACAGCCUCAUGCGGGUUUUCAGAAAGAAGCAGCACUCCCCACUGUACGAUGCCUUCGGGAAGACUCAGUGGUGCCAAUGCAGCUGCUGCCGAUGGCCCUGGCAUUUCACAGCUUGGCGAAGUGGCUCCUCUCCCCACCCUGUCUGCUCCUGUGAUGGAGCCCCUCGUUAAUUCUGAGCCUUCCACUGGUGUGACUGAGCCGCUAACGCCUCAUCAGCCAAACCACCAGCCCUCCUUCCUCACCUCUCCUCAAGACCUUGCCUCUUCUCCAAUGGAAGAAGAUGAGCAGCAUUCUGAAGCAGAUGAGCCUCCAUCAGACGAACCCCUAUCUGAUGACCUCCUGUCACCUGCUGAGGAGAAAUUGCCCCACAUUGAUGAGUAUUGGUCAGACAGUGAGCACAUCUUUUUGGAUGCAAAUAUUGGUGGGGUGGCCAUCGCACCUGCUCACGGCUCGGUUUUGAUUGAGUGUGCCCGGCGAGAGCUGCACGCUACCACUCCUGUUGAGCACCCCAACCGUAAUCAUCCAACCCGCCUCUCCCUUGUCUUUUACCAGCACAAAAACCUAAAUAAGCCCCAACACGGUUUUGAACUAAACAAGAUUAAGUUUGAGGCUAAAGAAGCUAAGAAUAAGAAAAUGAAGGCCUCAGAGCAAAAAGACCAGGCAGCUAAUGAAGGUCCAGAACAGUCCUCUGAAGUAAAUGAAUUGAACCAAAUUCCUUCUCAUAAAGCAUUAACAUUAACCCAUGACAAUGUUGUCACCGUGUCCCCUUAUGCUCUCACACACGUUGCGGGGCCCUAUAACCAUUGGGUCUGAAGGCUUUUCUCCCCCUCUUAAUGCCUUUGCUAGUGCAGUGUAUUUUUUCAAGGUGCUGUUAAAAGAAAGUCAUGUUGUCGUUUACUAUCUUCAUCUCACCCAUUUCAAGUCUGAGGUAAAAAAAUAAUAAUGAUAACAAAACGGGGUGGGUAUUCUUAACUGUGACUAUAUUUUGACAAUUGGUAGAAGGUGCACAUUUUAAGCAAAAAUAAAAGUUUUAUAGUUUUAAAUACAUAAAGAAAUGUUUCAGUUAGGCAUUAACCUUGAUAGAAUCACUCAGUUUGGUGCUUUAAAUUAAGUCUGUUUACUAUGAAACAAGAGUCAUUUUUAGAGGAUUUUAACAGGUUCAUGUUCUAUGAUGUAAAAUCAAGACACGCAGUGUUAACUCUACACAGCUUCUGGUGCUUAACCACAUCCACACAGUUAAAAAUAAGCUGAAUUAUUAUUUCAUGGUGCCAUUGUUCCAACAUCUUCCAAUCAUUGCUAGAAAAUUGGCAUAUUCCUUUGAAAUAAACUUAUGAAAUGUUUUCUCUCUUAAAAUAUUUCUCCUGUGUAAAAUAAAUCAUUGUUGUUAGUAAUGGUUGGAGGCUGUUCAUAAAUUGUAAAUAUAUAUUUUAAAAGCACUUUCUAUUUUUAAAAGUAACUUGAAAUAAUAUAGUAUAAGAAUCCUAUUGUCUAUUGUUUGUGCAUAUUUGCAUACAAGAGAAAUCAUUUAUCCUUGCUGUGUAGAGUUCCAUCUUGUUAACUGCAGUAUGUAUUCUAAUCAUGUAUAUGGUUUGUGUUCUUUUACUGUGUCCUCUCACAUUCAAGUAUUAGCAACUUGCAGUAUAUAAAAUAGUUAGAUAAUGAGAAGUUGUUAAUUAUCUCUAAAAUUGGAAUUAGGAAGCAUAUCACCAAUAUUGAUUAACAUUCUCUUUGGAACUAGGUAAGAGUGGUCUCUUCUUAUUGAACAAUCUCAAUUUAGUUUCAUCCCACCUUUCUCAGUAUAAUCCAUGAGAGGUGUUUCCAAAAGGAGAUGAGGGGACAGGACAGGUUUCAGAAGAGUCAAAUGCUUCUAAUGUCUCAAGGUGAUAAAAUACAAAAACUAAGUAGACAGAUAUUUAUACUGAAGUCUGAUACAGAAUUAGAAAAAAAAAAAUUCUUGUUGAAAUAUUUUGAAAACAAAUUCCCUACUAUCAUCACAUGCCUCCCCAACCCCAAGUCAAAAACAAGAGGAAUGGUACUGUAAACAUGGCUUUGUCCAUUAAGAGCUAAUUCAUUUGUUUAUCUUAGCAUACUAGAUUUGGGAAAAUGAUAACUCAUCUUUUCUGAUAAUUGCCUAUGUUCUAGGUAACAGGAAAAUAGGCAUUAAGUUUAUUUUAGUCUUCCCAUUUUCUUCCUAUUACUUUAUUGACUCAUUUUAUUGCAAAACAAAAAGGAUUACCCAAACAACAUGUUUCGAACAAGGAGAAUUUUCAAUGAAAUACUUGAUUCUGUUAAAAUGCAGAGGUGCUAUAACAUUCAAAGUGUCAGAUUCCUUGGGAGUAUGGAAAACCUAAUGGUGCUUCUCCCUUGGAAAUGCCAUAGGAAGCCCACAACCGCUAACACUUACAAUUUUGGUGCAAAAGCAAACAGUUCCAGCAGGCUCUCUAAAGAAAAACUCAUUGUAACUUAUUAAAAUAAUAUCUGGUGCAAAGUAUCUGUUUUGAGCUUUUGACUAAUCCAAGUAAAGGAAUAUGAAGGGAUUGUAAAUAACAAAAUGUCCAUUGAUAGACCAUCGUGUACAAGUAGAUUUCUGCUUGUUGAAUAUGUAAAAUAGGGUAAUUCAUUGACUUGUUUUAGUAUUUUGUGUGCCUUAGAUUUCCGUUUUAAGACAUGUAUAUUUUUGUGAGCCUAAGGUUUCUUAUAUACAUAUAAGUAUAUAAAUAAGUGAUUGUUUAUUGCUUCGGCUGCUUCAACAAGAUAUUUACUAGUAUUAGACUAUCAGGAAUACACCCUUGCAAGAUUAUGUUUUAGAUUUUAGGCCUUAGCUCCCACUAGAAAUUAUUUCUUCACCAGAUUUAAUGGAUAAAGUUUUAUGGCUCUUUAUGCAUCCACUCAUCUACUCAUUCUUCGAGUCUACACUUAUUGAAUGCCUGCAAAAUCUAAAUAUCACUUUUGUUUUUCUUUGGAUCACCACCUAUGACAUAGUAAACUUGAAGAAUAAAAACUACCCUCAGAAAUAUUUUUAAAAGAAGUAGCAAAUUAUCUUCAGUAUAAUCCAUGGUAAUGUAUGCAGUAAUUCAAAUUGAUCUCUCUCUCAAUAGGUUUCUUAACAAUCUAAACUUGAAACAUCAAUGUUAAUUUUUGGAACUAUUGGGAUUUGUGACGCUUGUUGCAGUUUACCAAAACAAGUAUUUGAAAAUAUCUAGUAUCAACUGAAAUGUUUCCAUUCCAUUGUUGUAGUUAACAUCAUGAAUGGACUUCUUAAACUGAUUACCCCACUGUGGGAACCAAAUUGGAUUCCUACUUUGUUGGACUCUCUUUCCUGAUUUUAACAAUUUACCAUCCCAUUCUCUGCCCUGUGAUUUUUUUUAAAAGCUUAUUCAAUGUUCUGCAGCAUUGUGAUUGUAUGCUGGCUACACUGCUUUUAGAAUGCUCUUUCUCAUGAAGCAAGGAAAUAAAUUUGUUUGAAAUGACAUUUUCUCUCAUAAAACUGGUCAUCUAACAUUAUUUCUUCCCCUCUAUUAUGUUUUACUGUAAUGAUCACCUUUUCUUAUACCUCUCUUAUAACACUUAAAUUGGGUUUUAAAUCUGUGUUUGUUCAUAGUAUGAUCAUUGAAUUCACUGAUACAUGACCUCCUAAUAGCCCACUCAGUUCAUAAUAUGCUACAAACUUACCAAUUUUAAUGAGAGAAUAAUUCCUGCCUAUUGCAGAAUCGUACAAAAUAUCAUGCUGCCCUUGAUAUUCCAUUUCUUUUUUCUUUUUUCUUCUUUUUUUUUUUUUUUUUUUUGUAGAGACUGUCUCACUAUGUUGCCCAGGCUGGUCUCAAACUCUUGGCCCCAAGAGAUCCUCCUGCUUCAGCCUCCUAAAGUGCAAGGAUGAUAGGCAUGAGCCACUCCACCUGGCCUGAAAUUCCAUUUCUAAUGGCUCUUCAGCCAUUGUUGAAAUUUCUUUUUUUUUCUUGUGCUUGUCUGUCUCACUUACCUCUUGUUUCCAAUUCAUCUACAAAGUACCAAAUAGACCAGGUCAUAAACAUAAUUGAAAUACAUUCUUAUUGGAAAGUGAGGCUAUCUGAAAAGGCAUAGCUGUAGGCAAAUUAUUGCAACAUGUUUACAUCUUAAAUAACUUUCCAACAUCUUUGUUACUCAGUCUGCAUGUUGAUAAAGUAAUUUCAUUUAUUAAAUAUAGAACUUCAACUAGAUGAGAUCCAUAAGUAAUUUACUUAAGACAUAACCUCAAUACAUAUUUAAUUGAAUGCAUACCCUUGUGUAAAUAAGCUACUGAUUUAAUUCACAUGACUAACCUACUUUCUAACAUUAUUACAGUGGAUUUCUACUGAUAACAUUUCACAAUAGCGUGUGUGAAAAUAACCCUGAACCAGUUUUUAAAACAAAAAUUAUAUUGACUUUUUAUCUGAGACAUAGGACUUUAUUGCAUGAAACUUCCACUGACAGGGGCACAGCAUUUCCUUCGCAUGUGCCAACUAAAUCAGUAGCUGUAUGCAACCUUUAAUAGAUUUAUAGCUACUACCUUCAAUUUCACACCUUGAUGCAUGGAAAUCUUUUUUAUCUAGAUUUAACACAACUCUGAGUUUUGAUCUUUUAUAGAGAUUUAUGACGAGAAUUUUGAAAUAAGUUCAUAUAGUAGUGGCCUCUCAUAACAAUGGAAGACACCUGAGAAAUCACAGAGCUCAAUCACUGGGGCCCAGAGAGCAGAUCUUAAUGCUAGAUUGUAAUUAGAAUUUAAAUAGAUGAAGGCCACUUUGUGUUGAGAACUGUAGGGAAACUUGAUUUUCUUACCCAAAGGGUAUUUUAUCACUGGGAAAUAAACAAGUAUCAGAUGCUUAUACAGUAUAGGCUUUCAAUUCCCCUGGAACUAGUGUUAAGCAUAUACAAGAAGUUAUAAAGGCAUGGAUGAUUGAAAUAAUUAAGGAAAGUGUAUUUCCACUGUAUAUACUACCUAGCCGUGCUUACAGAGUUCAUUCAUGCCCUUUGCCUAGUUAGCCUCACAAUUAAGCCCCAGCAUAGUUUAUUUUGAUGUAGCUGUCUACAUGUAUUGGAAUACUAUUUUAUUGCACAUAGCUUCUAAACUUGCCCAUAAGUAUAUUGAACACCAGUUGUGUGGCACACUCAACCAAGUGAAUGUAAUCAAUACGUAAUUGCUGAAGGAGUCUGGAUUUAUCCAAAUCAAAUUAUGCUCCAUUUUGAGCUACCUUUUAACAGCUUUAGAAAAUGAUGUCAUCCAUUGCUCUGGAAUGCAAUUCAGAAAGUCAGAAUCAGUAUGUCCAUCAGAAAUUAAAUUUGUGUGUUUUCAUAGAAUGUAUUGAGAUUUAUUGAAAUGUUCUUGCUUUUCCUAUAUGUAUAAAGUGGAAACUGAGUUCCUUUAUUACUUCCUGAGAUGGUAGAGCUGACUUUUAUGCAGCAUAUCAUCACUAUUUUUGUCCGCAUUGAUAGCUACAAAUUUUAUUAUUAUUUUUUGCUACAAAUUUUAAUUCUCUACCUUUCAGUGUCUGGAUGACUUUUUAAUUCCCUAUUUCUUCUGGGCUUCCAAUCAUAUACCAUUGUUUGCUUCAAAAGGGAUAUAUUAUACUCUCUAGUAAUCCAAAGGUAUUCCUAAUUUUGCCACUCCUCAUUUUUGCUUCUCUUUAAGGGCCUUAUAGUAUGUUCUAAUUUCUCAUUUGGUAGUAUGCAACAUUCAAUAUUUCUAGCUCUAAAAUUCCAUCAUUAAUUAUUUAUUUUUUUCUUUUUUUUUCUUUUUUUGAGACGGAGUCUUGCUCUGUCGCCCAGGCUGGAGUGCAGUGGCGUGACCUCAGCUCACUGCAACCUCCGCCUCCCGAGUUCAAGCGAUUCUCCUACCUCAGCUUCCCAAGUAGCUGGGAUUACAGGUGCCCGCCAAUACGCCCGGCUAAUUUUUGUAUUUUAGUAGAGACAGGAUUUCACUAUGUAGGUCAAGCUGGUCUCAAACUCCUGACCUCAACGAUCUGCCCGCCUCGGCCUCUCAAAGUGCUGGGAUUACAGGCGUGAGCCACCGCACCCCGCCAAUCACUUCUUUAUCAGCUAUACUUCUUUCCUACCUUUACUGUAAUACUUAUGAUCUUGGUUGGGUCAUAAGUUUUCUUCUAGUUUGUUCAGCUAUAGAUGACCUUUAUGUUGGAGCAAAACUAGGUCCAAGGUAGGAAUGUCAUUAUUAGAUGUAAAACAUGUUAGCUGAUUUAACCCAUUUAUGUUUGAAUGCAACUUUGAAAACCCUUGGUUAACAGUAUAAAGCUAGCUUUCCUAAAAAUAGAAAUUUUGUCCUUGGCAGCUGUUAUGUAAGUCAUGACCCUUGUCUUGUUCAUGAGAAAGAAAUUUUGCAGCUGUCAGAUUUUCAUUUUAGGAGAAACAAUAUUGGAAAUUAAUUUGGUUUCUUCUCCAUUUGGCAAGGUAUGAACCUUGACUAGAAACUCUACUUGUUCUUUUUCUUUUUUCUCAUUUUACUGAAGCUGCAAUAUCACUAAGCGCACUUUCAUUCUUUUUACAGUGUUAUUUUUCUUCUCAUUUUCUUUAAAUUAAAAAUCUAUUGCUUCCCCUUCUCUGUCCUGUCUGCAUUCCUCUGAUCCCCUACACAAAUACACAUGGUUCAUUUAAAAAAUAGCAACCAUCCUGGUAAAGCUGUCUUUUCUAUUGUGUCCUACAAGUUCUUUUAGGUGUAAUAUCAUAAGAAAUCACAAACUUGUAUUCAAUUCUUUUCAGUUUUAGGCAAAUUCCAUUUUUAGGAAUAAUAGUUAAGCAGUCACAAGACCACAGGUUAAUAUUGAGUGCUCUCUCUCACUUUACCAAUCCCAACGAUGUUUAACUCUUAUUUAUUAGUGUUUGAGUGUUUUAUUUGUGUACAAAGUUAAAUAUUCUAAGUUCUUCUGUAUGGCUUCACUAUUUCUAAUGUAAAUUUACUCCAUUGGAAUUCUUUGGUUUUUGGCAGUAAUAGGAAUUAUUCUAUAAUCUGUGUGAGAAAUAUUAGGAAAUGAACUGAAAGUAAUUGAAAGAGGAGGCACAAGUAAACCAUCAGAAACGCUUUUGACCAUAAGAAGGGGAAAUUAAGGGACAGAACGGAAGAACUGUGCUCCUAUCAGCAAUCUGAGGGUUCGCUCUACCUGCUUAAAAGCAAGAAAUAUUUUUAAUAUUUCUUCUCUCUACUCUGUACUAAUUUUAUCUGAAAAAUUGCUGCUGAAACUUAGGAGCCAUUUUGAAAGCAACGGUAGUAAUCAAAGGUAUAAUCCUCAUGCUAUAUAAUGUUUUAGAUUACCAACUGCUUUACUAUGUGGAGCUUUUUCUGCCCGUUACUGAGGGUUAGAUGGAGAACACUGUUCCCAUCUUAGAGGUGAGGAACCUACAGAUGGCAAGAAUAGCAUAUGGCUGGCUCCAAGUCACACAGCAAGUCAAUCAAUCGGAGACUAAAAUAUUUAUUACCUGUAGACUGCUAAAUUUCUGCAUCAUGAACAAUGACUUGGAGAGAAUGUUGCUGAGCAGAAAUUUUGUCACACCUGAUCUGAGAAUAUAAGAUUUGUUCAUUUGCAAAACAUGCUUCUGAAGUAUUUUGUUUCCAUUAUUUAUUUAGCCAGCUAGUUUCUUAUGGGUACUAAAGAAGGUCUCCCAAAUUACCUAAAUUCCACAAUAGGGCUUAGAUUUAUGAAGUUUUAUAUUUUUUCCUCCUUAUAAAAAGCUCUUUUUAUAAAGAAUAUCCAUGUAAUACUAAAACGGGGAAAUCUCCUAAAUAAUAUAUUUUUUAAUAUUACCUUUUUAAAAAGCUAGGGUGAGCACCUCACAAUCAAAAUUUAAUGUAUUUGUUAUAUUGAAAUGCAGGGUUUUUUGAAGGAAACAUGGUAGGUAAACAUUUUAGUUCCCAACUCCUGAUCGUAAAAAUGCAAAAUUGGGCCUGGUGUGGUGGCUUACGCCUGUAAUCCCAGCACUUUGGGAGACCAAGGCGAGUGGAUCAUGAGGUCAGGAGUUCAAGACCAGCCUGGCCAAGAUGGUGAAACCCCCAUCUCUACUAAAAAUACAAAAAUUAGCCAAGCAUGGUGGCAGACGCCUGUAACCCCAGCUACUUGGUAGGCUGAGGCAGAGAAUUGCUUGAACCCAGGAGGCGGAGGUUGCAGUGAGCCGAGAUUGUGCCUCUGGACUCCAGCCUGGGUGACAGAGUGAGACUCCAUCUCAAAAAAAAGCAAAAUUGUUGGCAUCUCUAAGACAGAGCAAGACUCCCUCUCUAAGAGAUAGUAGUGUCUCCCACUUAAUUGAAUUCGUUUUGUUUUGUUUGCUUUGCUUUGAUUCUUGCCACGUAAAAUCUGUGGGUCAAAGGUUGACCCAGAUAUUUGCUCAGACAGUUAAGAAAAAUAAUAAGAUGUAUUUGUAAAUUUUUAAAUAAUGAAAAAUGAGAUGUAUUUGUAAAAUUUUAAAAUAACCUCUUUAUAAAUAUAAAUAUGUUUAUAAAUAUAAAGAGGUAGGAUGUUUUGGCUAAUUAGCACAUUCUGGGUCAUACACACACACACACACAAACAGGCCAAACAACUCUAGAUAGUCAAAUAAAUUCCCCUUUUGGUGAUUCAGUUCAGUAAUGGUGAUUCAGUUCAGUAACUGCCUAUCCUCAUCAAUGCUUGUUUGUGAUGAUGAAAUAGUUGACAACUGGGACUUUACAAAAAUAGCUCCUGAAAAAAAUAUUUUAUUGCAAUGUAUGUUCAUAUUUUUUUUUACUUUUAUGAAAUAACAUUGUGAUAGGUGCUUUAAGAAAAAUAUUUUUCCAGAAGUGGUUUAUAGUAUAAACUAAGGGCAGUUUUUACAUUGUGAUGUGUGGGUGGAUGGUCAUAUUUAGUUAGGUUAUUAAGAAAUCAUGAAGUGUUCCCUAACAAGAAACUUGCAAAGCUAUUUGGCAGGAAGAAAAUCAUUAACUUCUAGUUUGUUUAUUUUUUUCUCAUGCUAUACGCUUAAUUACCAAGUAAAUUCACUUGCCUACCAUUACCUUAAUUCAAAGGAGAAGCCAGAAUGUUUAUCAUUGGUGGGAGUAAAAUAUACACAGAUUCUUUACCAUGGUGAAAUAGAAUAAUACUGAAUUCCCAAUACAGAAAUACUAAUUUCAUAAGCUAAUAUUCCUAUCUUUUAGCUGACUUCUUUCUCUCUUCAGGAUAUAUUUACUAUUUAUUAUUUACCUUUGAAUUUUUGAUUUGGGGGAUUUUUACCUAUUGCCAUCCUACUAUAUUAAGUAUCCUGUACAAUGAAAUAUCUUAGCAAGGAAACACUUUUAAAACUUCACAAAUAUCCGAUUUCAUUCUUAACAUAUGGGGGAAGCAGUAAAAGAAAAAGCACUUCACCAUGUAGAAGAGAAAGUGAUCAUUUUAAUUAAGAUAAUUUCAAUUCAUUAUCAACAUUUAAUCCUCUGCAAACAAGGGAACACUUACUAGCAGUACUUGAAGACUUGUGAGUUGGAAUUGCAUGUUACUUGAAAGAUCUAAUUAAGCUAAAUUUUGGUGCACAGCAGUUGUACAUGAUUUCAUGUUUAUGUAGCAAAAUGCAUUGAAAUGUAUUAGUGUUGAAACAUACAUGUAAAGGUAGUUGUGGAAAUUGUUAUAUUUUCCUUGUGUGUCAUUUAUUUAGAGCAUAAAGGUUUUUUUUUAUUCAGCCUAACUGAAUAAGGCUAAAUGAAUACUGUAAUUGAAAAUAUAUUUUAAAUCUUUGUCAUGAGUUUUUUUAAAAAAAACUAUUGCAAAUUGUAUCAUUCCUGAUUACACAGAACUUUGUGGGUGGUUUUAAAUAAAUUUUAUACUUCUA